CCCUUUUCUAGUCACACCCUUAUCAGAGAGUUACUCGUUUAUUUAUUUUAAUCUUUUAUAUCAACAACUAAUUGGUAAUUUCCAGCCUUUCCUAUCAAUUGCUAAUAAUUAUUAACUUUGCACAACAUAUUUCAACCUAAUCAAGCAACUACUUUUAAAAUGUCAUUGAGAACUCUUAGUUUCACCCCAUCAAUUAAGGGUUUAUUCCAAAAGCCAACCGAUAUGGUCAAAUCAGUCUGCUCUGUUCUUGACUUCAAACGUAAUCCAGAAUCAGCCACAAGAGAUAUCAUAACAAGGUCUGACAAGGAGUUGGGUGGUUUCUCUACCGUCAAUUUUGAAAUUGACCCUGAAGAAAAAGUCGGUCACUUCCAUGGUUAUUUAAGUUUAGAUUUACCCAAAGAUAAUCCAGAAAUUCAUAGAUCUGGUUAUGCAAUGUUUAGAACUAUGGAAUUGCCAGAGUCUUGGUUUUCUGGUAAGCAAUAUUGGGACUGGAGUCAAUACUCAUCAUUAGUAAUGAGAGUUAAGGGUGAUCGUAGGAAGUACUUGGUUAACCUUCAAGCCAAUACUCCUUUGGUUACUGACUUAUUCCAACAUCGUUUAUUCUUGAACCAUCCUGGUCAAUGGGAGACUGUAGUUAUUCCAUUGGAUGAUUUCGUCAUGACUAAUUGGGGAAUCAUUCAAGAUGGAAGUGAAAUUAACAAAUCAGAAAUUAAAACUUUUGGAAUUGGAUUGUUGGACAAACAAUAUGGUCCAUACUCAUUAAAGGUUGAUUGGGUUAAAGUCAUGACUGGUGCUGAGGUUGACAAGGAAGCUAAGAAAUCAAGAGGGUCAUUGUCUGUAUGUACUCCAGAACAAGAAUUGAAAGAAGAAGAAGAAAUUGAAUAUGAACAAACUCAUCCUGGUUCUGCUAUGGGCGGUAACGCACCAAAAGAACCAAAAUUAACUCUUUUCUAAAUGACAUCUUGAUUUAGAAUAGUACAAUACAAAAAACGGAAAAUUAUUAAUAAAAAAAAAGCAUGAAAAGCAUUAAAAAAGUAUUUGCAAAUUCGCGGAUAUGAGUCGGAGAGGAAGGGUCACGGAGAGAUAUCCUUAUUUAUUAUGGAAGAUUUUUGGGUUUGUUUUUUUUUACUGGUUAUUUUUGUAUAUUUUAUUAAGCCAAACACGAUGGUUGUGGUUUUUGGCUAGUUUUCAUGUUUUCAAUUCAUCUGAGAAGUUUGCUAUUUGUCAUGCAUGGAAAUCUUCUCUCGUCCUCUCUUGACCCAAACGAUUCGUGUGGAUAUGAUGACUAAUUGUGUAUAAUUUUUAUGUACAGUAGGAAAUAUACAAUGAAUUAUCAUAAA